CCGGCCUGUGUUGCUGUGUUGAAUUGUUGAUAACUGCUUCAGUUUAAAUCUUUACCAUCGACGCAUAUGACGUGUGAUGUGAAACUGUGCUGUUAUUCGGAACUAUCACUGUCGAAUUAAGUGAAAUUAUAAAGUGUAUUAUACGUUUAGUGUGUCUGCUUAGAAUGUACUUCGUAUAGACACAGAAGAAUGGAACCCACGAUCACUCCCCUGCGCGCCACGUCGCUAGGGAGGGCGCACCUCUCCUACCUCCCUCAGCGACCUCCAGUCAACCUCAGCUUUCAAGAUCUCUCCUAUUCUGUGUCCAACGGAAAAGCAUCAAAGCUAAUCCUGCGUGGACUAAACGGGGAGUUCCACUCUGGACAACUGACGGCAAUAUUGGGACCUUCGGGUGCUGGGAAAAGUACAUUGCUCAAUGUCCUUGCUGGCUAUCGAGUCGAUGGGGCGUCAGGCAUGAUCUGCACGAACGGAGAAGCUAGAGACCUGGCCAGCUUCAGGAAAUUGUCACGUUACAUAAUGCAGGAGGAUCUACUGCAACCUCUUAUUACGGUACAGGAGGCAAUGCUUAUGGCUGCAGAUCUAAAACUUGGAAACAAGUUGAAUAAAGAAAAGAAAGCUGUUGUUGUGGACGAGAUAAUUGACCUACUAAGGCUGGGCAAGGCUCGGCAUACGACAAGUGAAAGGCUUUCUGGAGGUGAGAAAAAGAGGCUUUCGAUUGCUCUGGAGUUAGUGAACAAUCCACCAGUUGUCUUCCUAGAUGAGCCGACCACAGGCUUAGACGAUGUAGCGUCUUCAACGUGCCUGUCUCUCCUGAAGCGAGUGGCGCGUGGUGGUCGGACGGUGGUGUGUUCCCUCCACACGCCAUCAGCGAGGCUGUUCUCAGUGUUCGACCACGUGUACGUGGUGGCCGAAGGAAGGUGCGCCUACCAGGGAACGUCCGCUGGUGUCGUGCCGUUCUUGAGAGAGCUAAAUUUGCCCUGCCCAACUACCUAUAAUCCUGCAGACUUCAUUAUAGAAGUAUCCAGCGGCGAGUAUGGUUCGCAUUUAGACCGAAUGGUAGCUGCAGUAGAAAAUGGUAGAUGCCAGCGUUGGCGGGACUACGGCCUGGAGAUGGAGAACUCAGGAUGUGGAGAGUUGGACAUAGAGCAGCUCAACAGUGGAGUUAUAUCCAGCCAUACCUAUGAGUAUGAGAGCUCUGGGUACGAGCAAUUCUCAGUGCUAGUCAAAAGAAUGGCGCUGCAGACAUUUAGAAAUGCCGGUUAUUUGAGGCUCAGAUUCGGCCUUCAUGUAUUUAUAGGUGUGAUAGUUGGCGCGUUAUUCAGCAAAAUGGGAUACGACGCGUCUAAAACUUUAUUCAAUUUUGGGUUCUGCUUUGCCUGUGUUAUGGCCAUGCUGUAUACAACUAUGAUGCCUGUCUUACUUGCCUUUCCCUCUGAAGUGAUGCUUAUAAAACGGGAGUACUUCAAUAGAUGGUACGGACUGAAGCCAUACUUCGCUGCAAUGCUCGUAUCAAGAACACCAGCCACAAUAUUCUUCGCACUCCUAUACUUGGUGAUAGUGUAUCCGUGGACAGAGCAACCAAUGGAGCCCAAAAGAAUUGUGAUGUUCGUAACAAUAUGUAUAUUGGUGGCGCUUAUAUCAGAAUCUUUGGGUACUGUUAUUUCGUCCACGUUAAGUGUUGUGAACUCUAUGUUCGUAGGCCCCGUCGUAACUGUUCCACUUAUGUUGCUCUCAGUGUACGGUAUCGGUAAUGGAGACGAUCCUAUCCCUAUCGUUUGGAGACUGGCCCGGGCCUGCUCCUAUAUGAGGUAUGGCCUCGAGGGUCUGAUUGCCGCUGUAUACGGACCCCCCAGGGCUAACCUCAUAUGUCCUGACGAAGUGGCCUAUUGUGAAAACAGGAAUGUUAAACAUUUCGUUAAAACGAUGGGGAUGGCAGGAGUAUCAUAUUGGGUGGACCUUGGAGUUUUAUGUGGUAUGCUGUUGGCCACGAACCUCGCUGCUUAUUACUUAUUGCGGCAAAGGUUAUCACCUAACUAUGCGUUCAGAGCAGUCAAAGUUAUUGGACAAUUUAUUAAGACCAAAAUCAGCGGUAGUCACUGACAGAGUUGGUUACUCUAGCUGGUAUUCUGGUGGUAUGAUUGAUAUUGACCCUGACAAGUGAUGUGAGAGUGGUAAACUUAUAGAUUUAACAGUAGAAUUAGUAAGCCAAAGCAGAAUCAAAUUAUAAAAACUUAGAUAUUUCAACCCAAGAGCAUUGCCAUCCAAUUUGGCCCAUAGCCUCCAUGGUAGAAAGUGAUUUAUGUAUACAUAUAUUACAGUAAUUAUUCCCUCCUUACAAAUAAACUUGGUAUAAAUUUAAACUUGAUAGUAAACCAAGAAUAUGCGAAAUGUUGACUAUGUCGUUGACAACACUUUCAAUACAAUGAUAAUUCUAAAGUUUUCCGAAUGUCAAGCAGCCUUGCAAAGAAAGCGGGAAUGGUUAUACGUCCGAAUAAACCAAUCAUAAGCAAAAUGUCUAAUUGUAAACAUUUUGCAUAUUCUUGGUUUAUUCUCAGGUAUAACCAUAUAACAAGUUUAUUUGUAAGGCCGUACAUGUUUAACUCUUAUGCUGGGUGCACAUAUGACGAAAGAUAGUAAAAGAAAGCUUUGUAUUGAAAGAGAUAGUAUAUGUGUGGCGAGGCGAGUGAAUGAGAUGAGAGACCGUUGUUGAUGGAAUUGUAAUGCCGCACCAAACCGACCGAGAAGCUACCCUGCGGUCUUACUUUUCCAUUGACUUCUUCUUUCCAGUGAAUAUCUAAAGUUCAUUGUGAAACCCUGUGAUAACCAGCCUAGCGAAACUCUCUAAGAAAAAAGCGAUUCACUCGAUUGUAUGAAACGUGCAGCCAUUGAUAGAUUGACAGAUGACGGCUAUAAUCCUGUAAAAAACGGAUAAAGCCGAAAUCCACUACGUUUAUGCAACUGUUCGCUUUCAAACUUGCCCGGAUUAUACUCCGUCGCUAAUCGCAAUACUGCAAUUACUACUAUUUCAAACUUAUGUCAAAUGCCUGCAUGUUUCAUACUAAACUAAAUUUCUAUUAUUACUUAGGCACUCCCGCCUCUUAUUACGUAGUAUUUACAUCCUCUUUGGUGACAACAACCACAUAACAACAUCUUCAUGUACAAGAAACUAAAUUGUUGAAUCAAAAUAAAAAAAAAACUUAUCGUCAAACGAUAUCGAUAUUAGUGUGAUAUUAAAUAUAGGUAAUUAGUGGUGUAGUUAAGUUCUUAUAGACACGGACGAGUAAAAUAAGAACGACUUCGUGUCACCUUACAUAACAGUGAGGCAACCAAACAAGCCGGUAAACGCGUAAAUACAUAGCCCCACGCAUACAAUACAAGCCGAUCGGCUACCAUUAUAAGAUUUGCCAUCGUCUGUGACGGAUCAGUUUGCGUCGCAAUAAAAUAUUUUAAAAUGCCGUUGUGCGUUGUGAAAAAGUGUAAAAACAAUACUAUAAAAGUAUUUGUGGAUAUAUGAUUAUUGAAGGGAGAAAAAAUUGUGUAUUUGAUAUACCCCGUAUGCCCGGUGCGUCACUUGCUAAUAUCACGGAGCGGUGUCCUUCUUUUUUUACUAGUCCAUGCUUAUAGAUAAUUUGAUAUUUUACUUUUUAUAAUUAAAUUUUCAUAGUGUUUUCAAGUUGUACUUGUUUGUAUUCGUAAAUUAUUGGGAAAAAAAGACUAAUGACUUAUAAUCAUAAUGAUAUUGAUUUUGCCCCCAAAGCGGACAUCACAUUCAUAGUAUAAAUUUUAACAUAUUAUUAUUAAAAAAUGUAUCUUUUAACUUAUUUUUUUCCAAUUAUUAUUAUUAGUAUAUUUAAGGAGAAGGAAUUAAAUGUUUAUUAUGAAA